AGCCAAUGCCCGGUCUUAUUCUAAUGAGCUCAUUCCUCAUAUUUCUUAGCCAAUCGUCCGCCCCUAGCGGUCGAAUCUCGUGGGUUCUUCGUCUUGUGGUCGUGUCGAUCGCUGUCUCUGCACGUUUUGUCGUUUGGGAUUGCAAGCAAAGAGAAGGAGUGUUGGUGCUAACUGUGUUGAGCUUGUUGACAUGAUGGUGUCUCCCUGUGGUGUGUCGGUCACGGUGUUGCUGUUGUGGGCGCUUGCCGUUCGUUGUCAGCAGGAUGAAAUGGAAUUGCCUAUGGACGAUGAAGAUUACAUUGGUGGGAGUGACGUCAGUGGAGCUGUUGCUCUAGGAUCAGGAAUUGCUCCUGCAAAAAUAGUGGAAUUGGUUUUGGCAGGGCCAUUGGACCUGGACGUUCUUCUUGGUUUACUUGAAGACGUCAUGCUGGCGGCCGGUUAUGAUUUCAAGUUUGAGUCUGAGACUUCUGGUUUUGUGUCUGGGAUUGUUAGGAUCUUUGCUAAAACCAAAGAUACAGAUGAGCCUAUUGGAGCAGAAGAGCUUCUUCGUUAUUUUGAUCUUGUCAAUGAUCAACUUUCAGAGCUUGGAGUCGCGGGUAUAAGAGGUGUUGAGGACAUUGUUACUCCAGCAACAGAAAUGCCAACAGAAAUAUCAACAGUUGUCUCAUUGCCACAUGUCAUUCUUUAUCCAAACACAAUUGAUACAGUGGAGGGUGAAGUUGUUCGCUUUACAAGUUUGACCAUCCCACGUGACAGCGUAGAGUUUGAUUGGAAUCGACAUGAUGGGAAGUCUCUUCCAGCCAACUCGAGAAUAGCUAACUAUAAUGUAAGCUCAGUGCUUGAAAUCACUGGGGUGACGCCUGGAGAUACUGGAAGAUACCAACUUACUGCGAUAGGGUCUUCUGGACAAGUUCUUGUUCUGACAGUUGACUUGAAAGUCACAGCAUUAGGUGAUCAGUGUGAGUUCAAUUGUGGAGGGAAUGAGUGUAUUCGUCGAAAGCAAGUCUGUGAUAGUUAUAGUGAUUGUUCUAAUGGGAAGGAUGAAAUUGGGUGUGAUCGAAGACCUUAUGGCAGAUGUUUUUCAAAGGAAUUCUCAUGUGUGAGACGAUGCAUUGACUUAUCCCGUGUUUGUGAUGGUACAGUAGACUGUGAUGAUCAAAGUGAUGAAGCAGCUGCUUUAUGUUUGCUAUCUGCACAAACUUGCCAGUCAGAUGAGUUUUCUUGUUCCCAAAAUCAAUGCGUCAAAAGAGAUUGGGUGUGUGAUGGAGAGUACGACUGCACAGGUGGUUCAGAUGAGCAAAAUUGUGGUUCUAUAGCUCCAGGUUCAUAUUGUCCUUCUACACACUUUGGGUGUGGAAAUCAUCAAUGUGUUCCAUUAGCGGAAUUUUGUGAUGGUACAAUGCAUUGUCUAGAUGGCACAGAUGAGCGUAUCUGCAGUGAGCCUGUGUUCAGUGUCAGUCUACCUGUCAGCUCAACGGUCGACGUUGGUGAAUCUCUCAGUUUGGUAUGUGAGGCUAGAGGAAGUCCAACACCAGACAUUACGUUUCUAAGAGAUGGGGAAAAGUUACCAUUCGAGUCUCGUAUUACCAUGACGUCAAAAGCUGGUAUUGGUCAGCUUGUUGUGGGUAAUUUCAACAGUAAAGAUGCAGGUGUAUACACGUGUGAAGCAAGAAACACGCGUGGUAGGAGGUCAAGCAUGGCCGUUGUCAAUUUUGUUGAUUCUGUGGUAGAACAAUGCAAUGAUCCUGAUCUCACGCAGGGAGUGCCAAAGAGAUCUGUGUACCAUAAAGUUGUUCCUGAUCCAAGCGGAAAGGCGUGCGUGGAUGUGGCCUUUCUUGUGGAUGAGUCAGGAUCUAUGAUGGACGAGCACGAAUGGUUGAAAUCCACAGUCCCCAAGUUGGAGCGUAAACUUGGUGAUAUCGGUAUAGGGUCAGGUGCAUUAAGAAAUCGAUACGGUCUCGUUGGUUUCGGUCGUGAGUUAAAGAAUCUUGCUUUGGGGCCUGGAGCAGUUAUAUCUGUGGGUACUGAUUCUAGCGGAAUGGGAAGUGAUAAGGAAUUGGUUGUUGCUCUAGAAGAGUUGCGGUUGGAUGGUGUGUUUGAGGAUGGAUAUGCAGCCAUCGGUAUUGCUCUGGACCAGUUAACGUUUAGGUCAUCUUGUGCCCUUCAGUUUAUAUUGGUGACGGAUGAAGAUCGAGAUAUAUUCAAUACGACCACCAACUAUAACUAUACGUUGGCGUGGCUUCGUCGUGCUGGAGCUACUCUCAAUGUUGUAGCUGAUCAGAAGUUUUCCAAGGGUGACGAAAAGCUUUUGGGAAUGGACUUUAGAGAUAAUGGUUUUAUUCAAGUUGCCAAGACAUACACAAAGAUGGCAGGGGCAUCUGUAGAAAAGGGGUAUGGAAGCACUUUUAGAGAUUAUGUUCGAAUGGCUUUUGCCACUGAUGGUGCUGCUUGGGAUCUGAAUCGAUUGAGAAGAGGAGGCAAUACAGCGACCGCGUUUACUGAAGCGUUUAUCAAUAUCAAAGUGGAGGAGAUCCAAACCCAACUGCAACGUUGCUUGCGAUGCACUUGCUCAGAAAUACCAACGCCAACUUGCCGCGUGACCAAUAUCCUACCUAAUGAGUGCCCAGUGAAUGUAACAACAGUCUUACCAACUCUUACUCCUGUUCCUCCGACGACGACGCCACAAGUUGUCGUUGACCCCAGCGUAAUUACUAAAGAUGAAGGAGAAAUGGCUGUUUUUACCUGUCGGGUUGUCAUACCAGGAAGUGUCAAUUUACCAGAGGAACUACGAAUACGUUGGUAUUUUGGCGGCCGUGAAGUACAAGUUGGAAGUGAAGUCAUGGUGACGUCCGAUGGCAGGACGUUGACGGUGAGGAAUACCAUAGCGAGUUAUGCCGGUGACUACGAAUGUCGAGUCUCAACGGCUGACGGGGAUUUCAGUGACAUUGGACAUCUCAUCGUUAAUGUCCCUCCAUCUGCUAGAACCGAUCCUAAAGUGGUUACAACUCCUGAUGGAGACAAAGUCACAUUUAGAUGUAUUACAUUCGGUUCACCAACACCGUUAGUGAAGUGGACGCGAGCAGACGGAGGGCUGCUGCCGGGCGGUCUCGGUGCUGCCUACUUUGGAAACACACUCGAAUUUGUGUUGACAGGUGAUGACGAUGCUGGACUGUACGUGUGCACUGCCAUCAACUCUGCCGGCCAGGCCCAAGAUUCAAGUCUCAGCCGAAGAUUAGCUCCUACUCUUCCUCCGACGACACCAGCUAUCACGACCGAAGCAGCGACAACGCCGCCUAUCACGACUAAAGCAGUGACGACACAGCCAACAACAACUCAACCUCCUACUACAGCGUCUUCUUCGACAGAAUCACCCUUUCCAAGAUUUUGCACCUUUUUCAAUAACACAGUCUUCAUCGGUGACAGCAUAAGAAUCUGGAGGGAAGCCAUCGACAGGUCCGGUAGCUUUGUGCAGACCGCAGCUGAUAUCGUUCUUCUCGUAGACGAGUCCAAAUCCAUGGUGGGAGAGCACCAAUGGCUGAAAAACAUGGUACGACAGCUCGACGAAUCACUGAAAGCAAAAACGAUUGGCGUUGAAAGCGACCUUCCUAAUAAGUUUGGAGUACUAGGCUUUGGAGCGGCGAAUCCAAUUGACUACACGCCGGGAAGAGUCGUUCGUGGUGAUAGAGAUGAGGUCAUGUUUAGUGCGGAAGAAGUUGAAGCCGCGAUAGGAAAGCUGCAGCUGAACGGCCAACGCGAAGAUGGCUACAGCGCCAUCGACACGGCCAUUCGCGAGUAUGGCCGAUUGUUUCGCGAUCCGUCUCGCGUAGCUCGUCAGUUUAUUCUCGUUACGGAUGAAGACCGCGACAUACUGCCGGGCAAGGGUGAUCUGACGUUUCAAGCAAUACUCAACAAAUUGAUGCCUCCGAGAAAUACCGAAGUUGAAACUCUCUCCAACAUCGUUCUUAAUGUUAUUGUCCAAGAGGAAUACGAGACAUCGUCUAAUCAACAAUCUUUAGGCAUCGACGAUGAGCUAAAUUGCUAUGUCGCCGCCCCGUCGAACAUAUUGACCGAGGUCGAUCAGAAAAGUUACGGUUUUGAGGAAAACUGUCAAGCCGUACCGGACAGUGCAUACCAAACGACACACACGGACUACACCGAUUUGGCUAUAGCGACCGGUGGCGGGGCGUGGAGUCUUAACAUGUUGCGCAACGACGACGCCGACGUCGUGAAGGCAUUUACGGACGCAUUCGUUCACGUCAAAGUCGGCGAGAUUGUCACUCAGAUUUUUGGCGUUUGCCAGAAGUGUGAUUGUCAGGCGAGAGGGAUACCAAGAUGUCAGGCAAUCAGUGGUAUUCAAUCUCAAGAGGAGUGUAAUCCGGUGACGUUUCAACCUACACUCCCUCCGACUCGACGACCCGAAUCUGUGCUGGUGGUCAUGGUCGAACCACAAGGAGUGAUAGAGGUCAAUGUUGGCGAGACGACGCGUUUUGAAUGUCGUGCCGAGGGGGGUAGAUUGCCUUAUAGAUACGAAUGGAUAAAGAAGGGUAAUCCAGACGUCGUUGUCGGUAGUGGACGAUUUUUGAUACUGAGAGAUGUUCGAAGAGGCGAUAGUGGCGUAUAUGAUUGCGUUGUGACGACGAGAGACGACGAAACGAAUGAAGACGACGGCCGUGUAUCAGUCAUCGACAAUUGCUUUAAACGCAACGUCAGCAUCGGCGAAGGUGAAACAUACGUCUUCGGCGCUGACGACUCUUUAGCCACAGGCGUUCCUACAACUGCUGACAUCAUUUGGUUGAUCGACGAGUCCGGAUCGAUGGCGAAAGCGCACGAAUGGCUCGUCAACGUCAGUCUACGUUUGGAUAGUGCGCUGAAGAGCGCCGGCGUCGGAUCGGACGGAAACGAACCGAAUCGUUUUGGUCUGGUCGGAUUCGGUGUGGCGCGGGAGGAUAGAGUUCGCGGCGUCGUGUUCACAUUGGGCGAAUCCAUAUGGGGCUCUGCAGAUGAUUUCAACAAGUACGGAGUACCACAGCUUAUUCGGAGCGGAACGACGGAAGACGGGUAUCAGGCUAUGUAUACGGCAUUGCGGAGCUACAAGUUUCGAGAAAAAGCCGCGCGACAGAUGAUCUUGGUCACUGACGAAGCUCGCGACGUCGUCACGCCACCGCCUCUAACCCGGAGAGAAAUCAAACAGCUACUUAACACUUCAGGUGUAACUCUGAACGUCGUCGUUACUCACGAGUUCGAAUUGCCUAACUUCAGAGUACCACCAGGCGACGAGAAGCCGGAAGUAUUGGGUAUAGAUGGCGACGGAUUCGGGUAUGUACGUGAGGGAAGCAGUUUUCAACAGCGUCCGGACGCCGCUCCUGUUCCCCAAUCGAGCCACGAAACGACGGAUAUAGACUACACGGAGCUUGCUUGGUCGUUGGUUGGAGGAGCGUGGGACUUGAACAAGCUGAAGACGGGUGGGAUUGUCGCGGAGGCGUUCACGAAAGCGUUCGUGGCCGUGAAGGUGAAAGAGGUACAGGGCAGAUUGUGUGAACAGUGUCGAUGCCAGUCGAACAAUCUCUCGUGUCUAGUCGUUCGCUGCCCAGACUUGGCUGUGCGAGUCACUCCCGAUAAUCAGUUUGUUCUCCUCGGUCAAACGGCAAAUUUCCGUUGUGUGGCUACUGGCCGGCAGCCGCUCAGCAUCGAUUGGACACUGAGCGACGGCUCUCGUUUAUCGGGCGGAGCAAGAGUAUCGGACGACGGCAUCGUUUUGACAAUCAAUCCAGUGGAAGGUCCUGCGGAAUACAGAUGUACAGCACGGAGUGGAGGAGAAGUGGCUUCUGACACGGGAGUUCUAAGGACGGGCGGGGCCGUAGUAAUAGAGGUGUCUCCUAAAGUUUUGACCGUUACCGAGGGCGAAAGAGCCUCAUUUGAGUGCAGAGUGACGCAAGGUCUGAGUGUCUUGGAACACCUGAGCUGGAAUCCGGAUGACGGACAUAUCACAGUACUGGAUUUUUCCACCGGAAAAAUCACACUAACAAUCGAAGAGGCUAGAGAGAACCAGCAAUUUGCAUGUGAAGCUAUUGGUACCGGAUCGAGCGCUCGAGAUACUGUUCUUCUAAAUGUCGUUCCGGCUGUUAUACGAUGGAACGUGACAGUCAUCCCUGCAGUGGCGACCGUCAACCAAGGUCAGAGGAUCGACUUCACUGCGACUCUGAUCAACGCAGAUCCUGACGUUCAGAUCACGCACUGGUCGCGCGGCGACGGCUCGGACCGUUUCUUGCUGAGCGGUAGGAGCAAUGAGAUUUUGACCAUCUUAUCUGCUCAAACAUCCGUUACGAUUACGGUUCACGCCGUCGACCGGUUUGGGAACGUCCAGACAGCUGCAGCUGUGUUGACAGUUCUUCCGCCUUGUGUGUUUGGUAACAGAACCGUUUCGUCUGGACAGUCGAUUCGCGUGUUUACGUUGACGAAGCGCGAUCCAAACGAAGGACGCGGGUCGGCCGACGUCGUGUUUAUUGUCGACGAAUCUCGUUCUAUGACGGCUGAGCACAGGUGGCUCAAAGACAUGGUACAGUCACUCGAUGAAAGUCUAAGAGGGGAUUUAGUUGGUGUGAAGGAACCGAAUCGAUACGCUCUUAUCGGAUUCGCUAAUCCCAAUCCUCGUUUAGAAAGGGGACAAAUUAUUGAAUUGAGUUCUGGCUCCGAUCCUGCUUUCGGUACUCCUUCACAGUUUGCUGCGGGUGUGGAUAAACUUGCGGAAAGGGGGGAUAAUGAAGACGGGUACGCCGCCAUGGCUUUUGCUCUCACUAGUUUGGCGUUUAGAGAAAGAGAAACAACAGCGCGACAGUUUAUUCUCGUUACUGAUGAAGAGAGGGACGACUUAGACAAGUUGCUGACAUACAGAGCGAUGUUAGAUCGGCUGAGUUUGGCAGGCGUGAAGCUUAACGUUGUCGUCAAGCACUUGUUUGCAGUAUCGGAGAACGGAAGAGAACUGUGGGCGCUCGGUUUGGACAGCGACAAAAACGCUUACACCGCAGACGGUCGUAAACUGAGCAGAGGAUUUCCAUUCCCAGACAGCGGAUACGAGACCACAUAUGCAGACUACGUCGAAAUGGCUUUCGCUCGUGAAGGAGGAGCGUGGGAUCUGAACCAGCUGCGUACCAACGACCCCGACAUCCGCGAAGCGUUUACAAAAGCUUUCGUUCAAGUGAAAGUGGAAGAGAUCGUUCAGCAAUUGAACGGAACUUGUGAGCAAUGCACCUGCAUAGCAGGAGAGCCCAGUUGUUUUGUGGUUCGUGCCGCCACGCGAGAAAAUCAGUGUCACUCUGGUGUGGUCGAAGAUCUCGAAGUGAAUAUUUUUCCCGCUUCGAGCGUCAAGAAGGUCGGCGAUGAGGCGAGUUUUGCUUGCAUCGUGUCGAACGUCGAUCUCGUUCGCCUCCCGUCGAUCACUUGGAAGCCAAUUCCGUCGAACGCAUUCGUGAGGAGAAACAAUCUGGUUUUCAGUUCCGUUACGCUGGAGAAUGAAGGGCGAUACACAUGCGAGGCGAGAACAGCUACCGGACGUUACGGAAAGGCUACAGUGAGUAUGACAGUAAUUGAUCCAACAACAGAGCCUCUUACGGAACUCCUGACACCGUCGCCGUUUGUCAUCGAAGUCCCGUCUUCGUCGCCGUCGCCAUCGCCGUUUGUCAUCGACAUACUGUCACCGUCUCCGCCUACAGUUGAACCAACACCACCGUUUGAAAUUGAGAUAAGGCCUGAAGUUGUAGGGAUUGAGCCUUCCGAAAGUCAGACAUUGAAAGAAGGAGCAAGAAUGGCGUUUCUUUGUUAUGCAACGGGCAAUCCGGCUCCUAAGCUUAGUUGGACUGAUUUGUCCGGCCAUGUCAUAGCCCAGAAUUCCUCAACAUCGAACGGAGUUAAAGACGACGGAGACUUGCAGAUAUUUUUUGUGUCGCUGGAAUUUAAUGUUAUUAGGAAGGAGAAUGAAGGACGGUACACUUGCUUGGCUAGUAACGAUCUAGGGGAUGCUUCGCGAGAGUUAGAGCUAAUUGUGCAAGGUUGAAGCUUUCAUACUUGUUGUCAUUUUUGGGUUCAAAUUGUUGUUGUUAUUAAUAAAUAGUGAGUCCUGUUGUACGAA